AUGAAGUCAGAUUUCAAAUUCUCCAAUUUGUUGGGAACUGUUUAUCGCCAAGGGAACUUGUUAUACACCGAAGAUGGAACUAAAUUACUUAGUCCGGUUGGAAAUCGAGUUAGUUGUUUCGAUCUUAUAAAUAACACAUCAUUUACUUUCAACUACGAACAUAGGAAGAAUAUAGCAAGAAUAGCGUUGAAUAAACAAGGGACGUUAUUGCUAAGUGUUGAUGAAGAUGGAAGAGCCAUUUUAGUGAAUUUUGUCAGUCGAGUAGUUUUACAUCAUUUCAAUUUCAAAGAUCGAGUAAAUGAUUUACAAUUUAGUCCAGAUGGACACUAUUUUGCUAUUGCAGUUGGAAGAUUCGUUCAAGUGUGGAAAACCCCUGAUUUCACUGAAGACCGUCAAUUUGCACCAUUUGUUCGUCACAGAAUCCAUGCUGGUCACUAUAAUGACGUAUUAUCAGUGACAUGGUCGAAUGAUUCAAGAUUUUUCAUCAGUACAUCCAAAGAUAUGACCUCGAGGAUUUUUUCAUUACACUCACUGGAAAAAGAAGUUGCCAUGACAUUAGCAGGCCAUCGAGAUUAUGUAAUGAAGGCAUUUUUCAAUGAAACUCAAGAAAUCAUAUAUACUGUUAGUAAAGACGGUGCUUUGUUUCAAUGGGAAUACGUUGAAGAAGAAAAUGAUGAAGAAUCACAAGACGAGGAUAGUGAAAGUGAAGAUGAUGAUAGUAAGAAAGCAUGGAGAAUUACUGCAAAAAAUUAUUUUUAUAGUGAUGCAAAAGUGAAAUGUGUUACUUUUCAUAGUGCCACUAACUUACUUGUAGUUGGAUUUGGACAAGGGGAAUUCAGAUUAUAUGAUUUACCUGAAUUUAAUAUGAUUCAACAAUUGAGUAUGGGACAGAAUGCCGUUAAUACUGUACAAAUAAAUAAAACUGGAGAAUGGUUGGCCUUUGGAUCAUCUAAAGCAGGACAAUUACUUGUUUAUGAAUGGCAAUCUGAGCUGUAUAUUUUAAAACAACAAGGACAUUUUGAUCUGACCAAUGCAUUAUGUUAUUCACCGGAUGGCGGUCGUGUUAUAACUGCAUCUGAUGAUGGUAAAAUAAAAGUAUGGGAUGUUAAUACUGGAUUUUGCCUUAUGACAUUUCAAGAACAUACUGCAGCUGUGACCGGAGUUCAAUUUGCUAAAAGAGGACAAGUUUUAUUUUCAGCAUCAUUGGAUGGUACAGUUAGAGCAUGGGAUAUGAUUAGAUUUAGAAAUUUCCGUACAUUUACCGCUAGUGAAAGAAUACAAUUUAAUUGUUUAGCAGUUGACCCAAGUGGAGAAGUAAUUGUUGCUGGAUCUCAUGAUAAUUUUGAUAUUUAUGUUUGGUCCGUUCAAACUGCACAAUUACUUGAUUCAUUAAGUGGACACGAAGGACCAAUAUCAUGUUUAGCAUUCGGACAAGAAAAUUCUAUAUUAGCUUCAGCAUCUUGGGACCAUAGUAUUAGAAUUUGGAAUAUAUUUGGAAGAAGUCAAACUGUUGAACCAAUUGAAGUUACUAGUGAUGUAUUAAGUUUAACCAUGAGACCAGAUUCUAAAGAAUUAGCAGUGAGUACAUUGGAUGGACAUAUUACUGUGUUUGAUGUUGAAGAUGCAAAACAAUUACAUUUAAUCGAUGGACGUAAAGAUAUAUUAGGAGGUAGAUUUUUAGAAGAUAGAUUUAGUGCUAAAAACUCUGCCAGACUGAAAUAUUUCACUACUAUAAAUUAUUCAUUUGAUGGAUUAGCAUUAGUUUGUGGUGGUAAUAAUAAUAGUAUUUGUUUAUAUGAUUUGACCAAUGAAGUAUUAUUGAAGAGAUUCACCGUUUCAUUAAACAUGCAAUUCAAUGGUACAAUGGCAAUGCUUAAUAGUAAUAAGAUAACUGAUGCCGGAACUUCAAUUGAUUUAAUUGAUAGAGCAGGAGAAAAUUCUGAUUUAGAAGAUCGGGUUGAUUCCACCUUACCAGGCUCACAUAGAGGAGAUCCAAGUUUAAGAAACGUCAGGCCAGAAAUCAGAGUUACCUCCAUUGCAUUUUCCCCAACCUCGUCAGCAUUUGCAGCCGCAUCUACUGAAGGAUUAUUAAUAUUUUCCAUUGAUAGUGGAGUCAUAUUUGAUCCAUUUGAUUUAGACGUUGACAUCACCCCGGAGGCAACUUUAGAAACAUUACAAGAAAAAGAAUACUUAACUGCUUUGGUAAUGGCCUUCAGAUUAAAUGAAGAUUAUUUAAUUCAAAGGGUUUACGAGAAUAUUCCAGUCAAAGAUAUUCGUUUGGUUUGUGAUGGCUUACCAGUGAUCUAUGUCAAUAAAUUACUUACGUUCAUUGGUAAAAGUGUUGUUCAACUGCAUCAUUUCGAAUUCAAUUUACUUUGGAUUCGUCUGUUAAUAACAAGCCACGGUAGAUACAUCAACGCCCAUAAAUUUGAAUUCAGCAGUAGCAUCAAGAUGAUUCAGAGAUUUUUAGGGAAAUUGGCCCUGGAAGUUGUCCUGGUUUCCAAGAAAAACGGCUAUCUCUACUCCUACUUGAGUGAAUCGAGUAAACAAGAGCAAGACGAAGAAGAAGAGGAAGAACUACUUGACGCUGGUGACAUCGAAAUGGACAACGACGAAGACGACGACGACGACGACGACGACGACGACGAAGGUUGGUUUGGCCCCGAGUCCAGCAUCAAGGCCUCCAACGGAAUUGUCUUCAGCAAGUCCGACGACAGUGACGAAGAAAUGCUGGAUUAA